AUCCGUUCAAACACGUGGGCCAGAGGUUGUGGUCCUUUUUAUCUGUGGACUUGUGGCAAUCACUUCGAAAAUGGCGAAGUCCGAUACUUCCAAGAGGGAAAAGGUAGUAAAUGUGUCUAAAAAGCUUCACAAAGAAAAAAAGUCUAAGGCCAAGGUAGAGAAACCUCAAGCAAUUAAUGGAACAAAGAAAGUCAAGGUUAAAGUCCAGAAAAAGCCAGGCAAAGGUAAACCAGAGAAGCCUCCUCCAGUACAGGUAGACUCGGACGAUUCAAGUUCAGACGAGGAUGAAGCUGCGUCAAGAAAACAAGUUUACAAUAAAGACCAAAUAAAGCAAGGCAUCACUGCAACACAAGUUGGCACAUCAAGUGAUGAGUCUUCUUCAAGUGAUGGUGAAACAGCCAAGACGGUGAAACCACAGCAAACUAAAGCACAGUCUUCAGAUUCUUCUGAUUCUUCAGAUGAAAACAAGAAAACAAAACCUACCAGAAGGAAGAAGCUUAACAAGAAAACAGAGCAAAAGAAGUCAAAUGGGAAACUAGCUGGAGGAGUGGCUGUUAAAUCACUUGCCCAUUCAAGCUCUGAUUCAUCAGAGGAAGAAGAAAAAAAUCCUUCAAACUCAGAGCAGUUAGUGAAGAAACCUAAGAGUGAAUCAUCAGAAUCCAGCUCAGAUUCCUCAGAUGAAAAGAAUAGAAAACCAAAAGCUGGAAGAGAGAAAGGGAUGAAAAAGAAAAUAUCACAGCUUAAAACAGCUUCUUCUGAAUCCAGUUCUGAUUCUUCUGAUGAAGAAGAGGAAAAAACAAAAGCAGUCCUAGAGAUUGAGAAUAACAAGAAUGCANCUGAUUCUUCUGAUGAAGAGGAAAAACCAAAAGUAGUCACAGAGGUAAAAAAUAAAAAGAAAGAAGUCAAAACCAAAAAAGCUUCUUCUGACUCCAGCUCAGAUUCCUCAGAUGAAGAAGAGGAAGAAUCAAAAGUAACAAAAAUACAGAAAGGAAAUAAAAGUAAUGAAGUGAAAGGUAAAGAAACAUCUUCUGAUUCUAGCCCAGAUUCUUCUGAUGAAGAAGGUGGACAGAAAGUAAAUAAAAAAGGAAUUAAAAAAUCCAGCAAUUGGGUUGUAAAGGAAACAAAUGAGGAGAUGGGGUCUGAUUCGGAUUCAAGUAGUGAGAGUGAAGAUAAACAAGCUGUUGAGGAGACAACCCAGGCCAAGAAACGGAAAAGCAAUUUUCCUGAUGACGAGGCAUCUGAAUCAGCCAAGGCCAAGAAAUCCAAGAAGCUGAAGGAGCCUGUGACAGAAAAUGAGGAAGGAUAUAAACAAAAAAGAAAGGCUGACACUAAUGGUGAAGAUAGUGGAGGCAAUAAACUUAAACAAGAUGGUGAUGUUACUGAGAAAAUAUCACUGUUUAUUGGAAAUUUGUCGUUUGACACCACUGAAGAAAGCCUUCAGGCUCUGUUUGAGGACAAUGGUGUGACUAUAGAAGAAGUGAGGAUCAUUUCGAGAGAUGGAAUAUCCAGAGGAUUUGGCUAUGUCGAUUUUUCAAAUCAGGAAGAAAGUCAAAAGGGAAUGGAACUUGAUGGUUCAGAACUUGAUGGUAGAAUGUUAAGAAUUAAUUUAGCCGAGCAAAGACGCAACCAAGGUGAAAAAGGACAAGGUAACUCCAGGCGUGGAGGUGGUUCCAACAGGGGCCGUGGUAAAAGUACUCCAUCGACCACCUUGAUAUGCCUUGGCUUAUCUUACAACACGGAUAAUGACUCAUUAAGGGGAGCUUUCCCAGACAGUGUAAGCGCACGAGUCAUUACAGAUAGGGACACUGGCAAUCCAAGGGGUUUUGGGUAUGUGGAGUUUAACAGUAUCGAGGAUGCACAGUCUGCAAUAUCUUCAAUGGAAGGACAAGAACUGGACGGGCGUUUCCUUCGACUUGAUUUUGCAGAGCCAAGAGGUUCCACACCUAGGAGUGAAGGUGGUAGAGGUGGCAGUAGGGGUGGUCGAGAAGGAGGAAGAGGUGGCUUUGGAGGAAGAGGAGGCUUUGGAGGCAGAGGGGGCUUUGGAGGACGAGGGGGCUUUGGAGGCAGAGGAGGAAGAGGGCGAGGAAGAGGAGGAUCUCCCUUUAGCGCUGCACGUAAAGGAAAUAUUCAGGAAUAUAAAGGGACAAAGAUCUCUUUCGAUGAAUAGAUGACUUGUACAUUUGACCAACUUUACCAUAUACUAUGUAAAAAGUUGGAGGCUAUAGAGUAUUUGUGCUGCUGUAGUAUGGCUAAGUGUUAUUCUUGGCCCAUUCCAUCUCUGUGUUAACACCUUUAGUAAUCCCUUUUUUAGAGGUAUGAUUCUUAUCUGCACAGAGUAAAUUUAUUCUUUUGUUUGCUAAAUCAUGCACAAACCCAAAGACAACUGAGCAGAAUGUAUAUUAAUUAUUUAUAUCAACGAGAACUUAAUGAUUACACUCGUCAUUUUAACAUGUUGGUAUUUUACUUUUUUUAAAUUCUCUCUCGUACUUGUUAUUCGUUGGUGAUCUGAGUGAUUUGUGAAAAAAAAAGCAUUGCGUUUUUCCUUGUCAUUAUCAGAAAUUCAGUGCCUGAAGUUUACUGCCACUUGUGAAUAAUGGCAUAGCCAAACAAGUCUCCUCGUUUCCAGUAGCGGAAAGUGGAAAUAGUAAAUGAAAUCAUCUUUGCUUUUGUUGUUUUGAUUGCUUAGUUUUAUUCACUUUCUAAACGUUCCACUGAGAGAAUUUUCAUAGUUUGUACCUGAGAUGGAGAACUCUGUAUGUAUGAAAGUGUCCCUUCCAACACUGCAGAAAGUUUCUAAAGUGUAUUAAAGUAGGUUGAAUAUUAUUGACCACUGUGUUUUGUAACGCAAUUGGGUAUUCAGUAAAGUAUGAUUUACUCUGAA